AUGCGUGUGUUUGAAACUUUCUGCGACUGUGAAGAGGGUGUGAAGAGAAUGGGUCUUGAGGGAAAUGGGUCGUUCGUGCUGCUGGUCGGCAGUUGUGUGAUCUCGUAUCGACCCGACGUGGUCGUGCAAGAUGGAAACUCGAGAAGGGUGAUCCGAGAGGUGGCCCUGAAGGAUAGGUCCAACUGCACCGAUGGCACCUCCUGGCCGCCCAACAGGGUCAACACCACCCAGCGACUCGCCGAUCUCAGGAGUAAAAUAAGCGGCCGUUACGACGCCUUCUUCAUUCCGACCGCCGAUCCUCAUCUCGCGGAGUACGGUCCGGAAUGCCACGAUCGGAGGUCGUGGAUAUCCGGCUUCGAUGGCAGCGCAGGGACGGCGAUCGUCACGACGAAGAAGGCCGCUCUCUGGACCGACGGACGCUAUUUCCUUCAAGCCGAUCAGCAGCUCGACUGCAACUGGCUCCUCAUGAAGUCCGGCAUGGAAGGGGUCCCCACGAAAGAGGAAUGGCUCAAGUCGGAAUUGGUAGCCGGUGACAAAUUGGCAGCCGACCCGAAACUCAUGGCUGCCGAUGAAUGGAUGACCCUCAGCAAGACCUUGAGCGAGGAGGACAUCCUACUAGAAUCGGAGGAGAAGAACCCGAUCGAUGAGAUUUGGUCCGAUCGCCCGAAAUGCUCUUCGGAUCCCAUAUAUGCCCACAAGAUAGAGUUUGCAGGGAAAUCCUGGCAGGAAAAGGUGGCGGACCUGAGGAAGACCUUGGAAGAGAAGAAGGUGGAUGCGAUCGUGGUGACGGCGAUGGACGAAGUGGCUUGGCUCUACAACCUGAGGGGUUACGACAUCAAGAACAAUCCCGUCUUCGCCGGAUUCGCCAUCGUGGACAAGCAGACGGCCUACCUCUUCGUGUCUGAGGACCGAUGGACGGAGGAGAUCUACCUGCAUUUCAACCUGUUACCGGGUACCAGUCAAUGCAGUAGAUCCAGCGAUUGCGUUUACCUCCAAAAAUACGAAGAGUUCCUCGGAACGCUGGAACGCCUUCAGGGCGGUUGGGAGAAGGUCUUCAUCCCGUCCAAAUACAGUUAUUCCGGUGGCGCUUCGUACGCCGUUCAUCAAUUGAUCGAAGAGGGAAAGAUCGUGCAAGAGCCUUCACCGGUCCUCUUCACGAAGGCUCGAAAAAAUCCGACGGAAGUGCAAGGGAUGAUCAACAGUCAUCGGAGGGACUCCGUCGCCCUCAUCGGGUUUCUCGCAAUGCUCGAGAAAGAGGUGAAGCAAGGAAAACCGUGGGACGAGAUGAAGGCAGCAAGAGAACUGGAGAAAUACCGAAGAGCGGAGACGAACAACAUGGGUUUGAGCUUCGGGAGCAUCUCGGCUUUCGGCCCGAACGGCGCCGUCAUCCACUAUUCCCCUGCGAACGAGACGAACCGAGCCAUCGACGAUUCUUCGCUCUACCUCUUGGACUCGGGGGGACAGUACUUAGAUGGGACCACAGACGUGACGAGGACCAUGCACUACGGCUCGCCCACGCCGUUCCAGAAAGAAGCCUACACGCGAGUCCUGAUGGGUGCCAUCGAUCUGGCCAGGACCGUCUUCCCGAAGGGAACCACCGACGUCGCCGUGGAUCUGGCAGCCCGAGGACCGCUCUUCUCCGCUGGACUCAAUUACAGGCACGGCACCGGACACGGGAUCGGCAUGUUCCUUCACGUCCACGAGGAGCCUGGCUACUAUGAAGACGGGCAAUUCGGGAUCCGUCUGGAAACGAUAGUCCGAGUCGUAAAGAAGAACCUCACCCAUGAUUUCGACGGUCCUUAUUACGGUUUCGAGCCGAUAACACUCGUGCCUUUCGAGCCGAAUUUGAUAGACGUCAACAUCAUGAGCGAAGAACAAUUGAACUGGCUCGACGAAUACCACGCCCGGGUGCGGAGGGAAAUCGGCGGGGAAUUGCUGAAGCGCAGGAACGGGCACGCGUAUUCCUGGCUGAUGAUCAAGACUCAACCCUUGUCCAAGAAUCAAAAUGUUUUCGGGCGCGGAGCCACGAACAUCCCCUCCAUCCUCCUUCUCCUCUUCCUUUCCUCCAUCGAAAUCCAUCGUUGGCUUUGAGCCCGAGGCAGUGACCUGCAAAAACAUUAUAUUCCCUCCACUUCCUGCCGAUUGUGAUGAAUCAUCGACUGCCGAUCGGUCUGUUUCGAUCGAGACCGGACCGUGAAAGAGUUUUAAAUCUGUCGUGUAUCGCCGAUUUUGACAUUCUGGAGUACGUGCAACGUACGAGUCCACUUUUCUCGGGGUGUUUUUCCAGAACGAUCGACAUCGUGAUGGGAUCAGAUUACAUAUUUCUCCACGUAGAUUAUGCUGCUUUGUUGGAACAGCAUCGUAAAGAAGCCGUGCCUUAUUCUCGCGUUCGACUCUUGGAGUCUGAGCUUGAGAUCAACUCGACAGUGCAGUCUGUCCCAGUAGUGAUUUUGUUUGGGACUAGUUUCUAAUCGAUCGAUAUCUAGUCAAUGGCACACGAUUCCCUUGUUCGCAUCUACUCUGCGAGACCAAACUUAUUUCGUAAAGGUUGUGAAUAAAGGGUUCAUUUUUUUAAUUAUA